ACCAGACGCUUGGCUCCGAUAUUGGCAACAGAUAUAUGGGUAUGGCAAUAUAUAAGCCGAUAUCCCGAAUUCAAUACUGAACUGGCGUAACGGUCUUUUGAAUAAUUGAAGCAGUGCGUGCCGAACUCGACGAACUCGAUGCAAAUUGAUUGCUCAUACGCCGCGUGGACCCGGCACAAAGGAAAGGAAAAAUAGAAAUUGUUGCAUGCUUUCGGGCGGCGCAAUUGUUGAUUGAUAUUUGUUGGUGCAGUGAGUGUGUGUCAGUGCGAUUUGUGUGCGAUUCAAAUUCAAAUUCAAAUGCUUUUUGAUUAAAGCUCGCGCGUGAAUAGUUUUCCAUGCAAUCGGAAAAAUCUCUUUUGCCGCCUAAAAGUUCUCUAAUUGCUCAAUGGCGUUAGCAUUGUUCGGCCUUUUAAAUUUAGAAGGUCACUUUGCGUUGGUAAACAAUUGAAUUCCGCUGAAGUAUCCAAGCGAACCGCUCACCGCGAACGCCAAAAGCUCACUGAGCAGCUCUUACUGCCCAGAGGCGUCUUAUUCGUUCGUUUUCGGAAUAAAAACAAAGAAACAAAUAACUCGAAAACGAAAACAAAAUACGAAAAAACAAAACAUCACGGCAAAAGGUGUUUUGGGUAGCUGGCCAUUAGACUUGACAUAAGCCAAGGCAGGCUGGCAGCAGCACGGCGAAACGAAGGGGAAUAAACUGGCACAACAACUUUAAAAGUACAAACGGUCGAGAGGAGGAACAGUCCAUGGAGUGCAUAGACCAGGAAUAAUGCUAAAUGCCACGUCAGCAGCAACAUCAACACCAGCAACAUCAGCAGCAGCAACAACAGCAGCAGCAGCAACAUCAUCAGCAAAAGCAGCAAAAACAAGUCAACGACAGCUUAAAACAUAAUACGCUAGCUGAAGGCAACAAGCGGAUAGAAAGACAGUCGACAGACAACCGAGGGACAAAGAUAUAGGGGGCGAUAUAGGGCGGCAUAUACGAUUUAUAUAUAUAGAGAAAGAGCGAGGAACAAAACAAAGCGACAUUGCGAAUGAUGAGAAAUCGCUGUUGCAAUUAGUAAGCCAAAGGGUUGGACGAACCAUGAUUCACGAGCUCUGCAGCCAGCGGAAACGGAAAUGCUUGCUAGAAACGGAAACAAAAACAGAAGACGAGGAGGAGCAGGUGGCCACUAAAUGCCAUUGAACAUUGAGCGAUCAUGUCCGACGUUGAGCAGGCGAUUAAGGUCAAGCAGCAGCAACAGCAACCGUCUCAGUUGGUUUGUUCCAUGGACGAUGAGACGGAUCCCACCGAAUUUGGAACUGGUGAAGCUGGUUGUGGAUCGGAGGUGGGUGCCAAGACCACUGCUUCGCUGACCGCCAAGCCGGGCAGUAGAUUCCGGCGCUGCUGCGGGCAUUUCCUCAAGCUGCUUCUCUCCACGCCGGGAUUGGUGCUUCUGGUCAUUGGCUACUCUGUGCUGGGUGCCCUUAUCUUUCCGUUGCUGGAGGCGCCACAGGACCUCAGCAAAUCAGCGGCCAUUGCCAAGAGUCGGGAGGAUUGUCUGAGGGAGCUCUGGAUUAUUACAGAGAAACUCAACGUUCUGUAUGAACGCAACUGGACGAUGUUGGUCCACGAGCAGCUGCGUCGCUUUGAGGGCUCGAUUGUGGCGGCCACACGUCAAGGUGGUUCGGUUGGUUCUUCCAGCGGAGCAGGACUAUUCCAUGAGGGCAGUGCCAGCGCCCUAGGCCAUUUUGGCUACGAUGCUGGCGACUCACAGAGCUGGACAUUUAGUGAGGCUCUACUCUACUCGGUCACUGUGAUAACAACAAUUGGUCACGGCAGCCUGACGCCGCGCACCGCCGCCGGGAAGCUGGCGACCAUCUUCUACGCCCUGGUGGGCGUGCCUCUCAUGCUGAUGUGCCUGUCCAGCUUGGGCGCCCUCCUCGCCGAUGCCCUGCAGUGCACCUACGUGCGACUCUGCUGCCAACUGCAGAGGCACCAGGAGCACAGAAGGAAAUCCACACCCGGGGCGACGACGCCAACUGGCAGCACAGCGAUGACAACGAUGCCAGCCAAGUCGAGGGAAAAGGACAAGGAAAAGGGUUCCAAGCGACGAAUGGCUAAUUGCAAGGGCUGUAAGUACGAUGCGGCCAACAGUGAGACGAGCUUAAAUGACUGCUUGGAGUAUGGCCAAAAGGGGAAAUUGCCGCCGGACAAAAAGGACGGAGAUGCCUGUCAAUUGUUGCGCAACUUGAAUCCACAGCAGCAUUUUUACCACCAGCAGCAGCAGCAGCAGCAGCAACAGCAGCAGUUGCAGUUGCAGCAGCAACAGCCACAGCAGCCGGAUGUCAUGCUAAUGACAACGACAUCGGGCAGUGCCUUGCUGAAAUACGCACCGCAGCAACAGCAACUACAGCAGCAAUUAUCGACAGCAACUCUCCCGCGACAACAUCAUCAGCUGCAGCAGCAGCAGCAGCAACAGCAACAUCCUCAGCUGCUGCAGCAGCAACAUCCACAUCCACAGCAGCAACUGCAACAGAAUUUCGUGGCUGUGCCCAGCAGCAUGCUGCGAAUGCCGCUAACAGUGCCUCCCAAUUGUUAUGCGCCCGCGACUGCAACGAUUUACUUUCCAUUCGGACCUGCCCCCUCAGCCCCUGGCAGUCCAGCCCACACUCAGGCCCAUUCCACUUCGAUUGGGAAUCCCAAUCCAUUGGGGAACACUAGCCUCAGUCAACAGCCGAUGGUCAAGUAUCACACGAUACACUUGCAACCCGCAUCCGGGAAACAUCGAGUACUGGCUUCUGGACUCCAGGAUGCAGCAGCCGGGAAUCUCGUCACAGGAUCUGAGGCAUCGACACUGGAGGCCAUCACAUUGCCACCGCCGCCAGCCUAUCAGACAGCCAAUGUGCACGCUGUGCGGCGCGCCAAGUUCGUGACGAAACCGUUGCCACACGAGAUCAACGCGCUGAUGGACUGCGGAACGGGAUCGCCAGACUUAUCCGGCAGACAUGAUUUAUUGCUACCAGCCCAUUCGGGGUCACCAGCAACAGGCUCUGCAGCGGGUCCUUUGUUAACCUACACGGCCGCAGCAACAAGCCCACAGCUGUCAGCUGGAAUUAAAGGCGGAACAGGAGCUCCAAUACCCACAGCAGGAGCGACAAUGGUUGCCGCUGGUGGCAGAGUAGGAGGAGCAACUCUGUCCGAUAACAGUUUUAUGGCCGCAGGUGUUUGUGGCAUGGGUGUUGUUGCUCAACCUUCUCAUCCUCCUCCAGCAACAACAUCAACGGGGGCGGCAGCCACUGCAACUGCCUCAUCGGCAGCAGCAACAUUGUCAGCUUUGCUAAGCGCCAACUCCACGGGCAACGUGGACAUCAUGGAGGACGAGGACGAGCAGGAAAGGGAGCGUUUAAGCAACUGCCCGCAUGGAACGCCUUCGCGAGUGCCGCUGAUAGCCAGUCCUUUGAGUGUGCCGCAGGACUCGGGUGAGAAUGCCGCCCGCACUGUGGCCUUCAACCGCCACACGUUGCAACCGUUAAGCCGCAAGACGCUGCUGCUGACGCGUCGCUGCCACAGACACGCCUCCGGAACUUUAUACGAUAGUACGGCCAAUAAUACGGAGACUUCCGACGACGAGGAGUACAUGCAGCACGGCAGUGAGCAGUUUGUGCUGAAAAAGUUGCGCUACCAUUGCGAUUCGGAGGAUUGUCGUGAGGGGGAGGACUCCGAGGACGAGGAUGAAGAGGCAGAGGGUCGGCAGGUACCAAUCAGCCUGGUUCUGCUCAUCCUGGCCUGCUACAUCUGCGUGGGCACGGUGAUCUUUGCCCUGUGGGAGAACUGGUCACUGGUGGACGGAGCAUACUUUUGUUUUGUCACCCUGUCAACUAUUGGCUACGGUGAUUUUGUGCCCGCCCGGAGUUUCAACGGACCGGAGAUACAGCUAUACGCCUGCUGUGCUUAUUUGCUCCUAGGACUCGUCCUGGUCGCCAUGUCCUUCAGCAUCCUGGAAACACAGCUCAUGUGGAAGUGCAAGCGCAUUGCCGUGCGACUGAAGUUGGCCCGCACGGAUGGAUAAUGUUCUCAUCCUAAUCCUCUAACAACAAUCUGCUAUCUGCAAUCCAAAUGCUUGAAUCUUAGACUAAGUGUACUGUGUAAUUAACCCAAAACUAGCCCAUCUCUGUGUACAUUUGUCUGCCUAGCUAAAUAAUGAGAGAACUCGUAUGUUGUCUGGAAUUCAAGUGAAUUUGUG